AUGGGAUUACUUGCUUUGAUGUCUGCUCUGUUUCUCAUGCUCUGCUUCUUAAUUUCUCCAUCUUUAGCUAAAACACACUCUUUAAGGCCUAAAGCUCUGGUUCUUCCAGUGACUAAAGACUCAUCCACAGGCCAAUACAUCACCCAAAUCAGCCAAAGAACCCCUCUUGUUCCUCUAAACCUAACAUUAGACCUUGGUGGCCAAUCCUUAUGGGUUGAUUGUGAUCAGGGCUAUGUUAGCUCAUCUUACAACCCCGUGAAAUGCGGGUCGGCCCAAUGCUCACUUGCCAAAUCUCAGUCCUGUUCUGAAACUUGUUUCAAUGGUCCUAAACCAGGUUGCAACAAUAACACCUGUUCCCUCUUCCCAUACAACAGUUUGACUCAAACUAGCACCAUUGGUGAGCUUGCACAAGAUGUUCUGUCUUUGCAAUCAACCGAUGGAUUCAAUCCCGGAAAACAUGUUUCUUCACCACAAGUUAUGUUCACUUGUGGAGCUACAUUUUUGUUAGAAGGUUUAGCCAAAGGAGUGAAAGGAAUUGCUGGAUUAGGAAGGGGGAAAGUUGGGCUUCCAUUUCAGUUGGCUAAUGCCUUCAGAUUGAAAAGAAAGUUUGGUGUUUGUUUAGGCUCAAAGGGUGUCAUAUUCUUUGGUAAAAGCCCAUAUAAAUUCCUCCCAGCUGGAAGAGACAUUUCCAUUUCCAAGUCACUGAGUUACACUCCACUUCUUAUCAACCCUGUUAGCACAGCUGGUGCCUCUUUUGCAGGGGAGCCAUCUGUGGAGUACUUCAUUGGGGUGAAAUCCAUCAUGGUAGCUGGAAAACCGGUGUAUAUAAAUUCGACAUUGUUGACAAUCAACAAGGAAGGAUACGGUGGAACAAAGAUCAGUUCGGUGGUUCCAUACACCGUCAUGGAGACUUCAAUCUACAAGAGCUUUACAAAGGGAUUUGCAAAGGCCUUCUCUGGAGUUCCAAGAGUGAAAUCAGUGGCACCAUUUGGACUGUGUUUUGACUCCAGCAAGUUGGGGAGUACCAGAGUUGGUCCUCCUGCUCCACUCAUUGAUUUUGUGUUCCAAAAUGCAAGUGUUUAUUGGAGGGUUUUUGGUGCAAAUUCAAUGGUGCAAGUGAAGAAGGAUGUUUUGUGCCUAGGAUUUGUGGAUGGAGGUGAGAAUCCAAGGACUUCUAUAGUGAUUGGAGUGCACCAGGUUGAGGAUAACCUAUUGCAGUUUGAUUUGGCAAAAUCCAGGCUUGGUUUCAGCUCCACUCUCUUGUUUCAUCAGACUACAUGUUCCAACUUCAACUUCACAUCAAAUGCUUGA